AUGGGCGUCUACGGAAUCACCUCAAGGAGUCAUAGCAGGAAACACAACCUCCACAACCGCACUCAACGGAGACAAAGCUCUGUCCCCGCACAAUACAUGCGUCUCAAAGAACGUAUCGCUCGUUCUUCUGCAGUUGAAACCCCCAGCCUUGCAAACUUCUUUGGUCCUCAUCUCGUCAUCAGUCCUCACGACAGACUGACCCUCCAAAAGACAAACUCUCUCUCGACGAGGCCAAAGGCAACGAUCACCCUGUCAACCGUAACACACCACAAUCACUACGACUUCAGGAUACGCCCUUACCUCUUCUCUCACCCCUCCCGUACCGCUGAUAUGGCCACAUUACGGCACACAAAGAUCGGAUCCGGAUCGAUCUGCAAAUCGACUCCUCGUGACGUCGCUGUCUCUCGCAGUAAUAUCAGUCAUCUUUGCGUUCUGCCGGCAUCAGCGACAGCAGUCGUUGCUGCUACGAAGGAGGAUGAGGAGGAUGAGGAAGACGAGGAUGAGACCGAGGAUGUUGAGAUUGACAUUGACGGGGUCGGCAGAUCCGGAUACGACUGCAACAAUGGCGGAUAUAUUGGAUUCCCCCUAUCAACUAUCGCGGCUGCAGUAACAAGACCAGGCAACUCAGCGGCACAUUCGUCGUUCCUUCAUGCAACAACUACAACUGCAGUAUCAGGACAAGGUCUAUUAUUUGAUCACGGGGGAUUUAAGUUUGGAGCCAGGUCGACAUCAACAGCGUCUGCUGCAACGUUCGUCUUUGGAUCUGAAUCUGGAUUGGAGUCGGCUUCUUCCUCGCAGCAGGUUCCUUCGCUCAGCUCGUCAGUCUGCUCGACAUCGUCUACCUUGUCCACGCCACCCACUGGUCUGGAUUACUCUCCCGACACCGCAUAUCCUCAGCAACAACAACAGCAGCAGAAAGAUGAGUUGGUGAAGCUCAAACGGGAGGCGUUCCAGGAACUGGCUUCGCAGACCCAACGGUCCGACGACCUUUUCAUUGCAAAGAUGAUCCAUUGGGAGUCUCUCAGCUCUGAGGAGAAGGCUCAAUGGCUCGAGCGUGGUCACAGUCAGCAUGAAGGCGCUACCAUACAGGCAGGAACUGUCCCUCCACAGCACUACCGGCACCUUUCCGCUCAGCAAUAUCCACAGGAGCAGCAGUGGGAGCAACGCGAGCAGGAACAGGAGAUGGAUGACUUGGUGAACGCGUUGGAGUGCCAUGCAACCGUCAAGGAUUACUCGGCGCUUAUUGCGUUCGAACAGCAGGCCGAAAUCCAGCGACGCUCUCUCAUGGAGCAGUUCUGA